AGCGACCGCGUCUAACCGGAAGUGCCUUUGAAUCACUAGUCAGCCUUUAAUGCUAGUAACGUUAUAAGUUAAAGAUAUUGUCAACACAAUGCUUAAUGACAGCGAGUUUGCAACGUUGCGGAAUAGAUUUAAGAGAGAUGCGGAGUUUCUUAUGCAAACAGCAACAAAUGGUGACGAAGAUGAAAAGAGUCAAAAGGAAAAAGAUGCCAAACCUCUCCCUCGCAUCAACAGACACUCCAUUUUCUGGAUUGUGGCAUCUGUCGGUGUGACCUACUACGUGGACUUCUUCCACAACAUCAUAGAGAAUGAGGAUAUCAAAAGUUGGUGGUUCAAUGUGGGACUGGCACUCCUCGGGAUCUGCUUGUCUCUGGCCAUGUUUUGCAUUGUAUACCUGGAGUGGUUCAAAGGCAUCCGGCACUAUGACCAGGAAUACCCUGCCAUUCCUCCCAUCACCACUGCAGCCUUUAUUGCAGCAUCUUGCAGCCUGAACAUGGCCCUUUGGCCAGUGUGGUCCUUCUUGACUCCGCUCAUCCUCUUCACACAGUUCAUGGGUGUGGUCAUGUUCAUCUCUUUGCUUGGAUGAAUGUGACAGGUGUAAAUGUUUUGAAGUGAAAUAUUGUCUCAUUGAACAUAACAUAUCUAGUGCUUUAUACUUGAAUAAUCUGGACUUUACAUAAUCUUGUUAUCCACAAUGUUAAGUUUUCUUUUGGUAGUUUUCCUCCAUCACCAACACAACAAUCUUCCUCUCACUGACCGAAAAUUUCUUCCAAGAACAUGAAUUAUUCCAGCACCAAAAUGAAACGCAUGCAUAAUGGUAUGCGGCCAAACCUGCUUAUACACCUGCAGCCAAUUGAUCUGGGCAGGUCGGCGUGGUAGGUUCACUGUGGUCUACGAGUUUAACCACCUCAGUUUAUGAUCUUUCACUGAUGUGUUUUCCCAAUGAAACAAUGGUGCAGACACAAUGUGAUUGUGUUGAGCAUUUGGCAAACAGCACUUUAAUUGACUUUUUUUUCUUUCUCACCAGAAAUUUGGCCUGUUGUAGUAGAAAAGGUGUUUCUGAAUGAUGGAAAUGACUGAUAAGGCUAUUGAUGAGUUGGCUCUGUUUAAGUGUUUCAGGAAGCUGUGACGUUAAGCCACCAUUUACAAACAAUGUGAACUUUGCCUAAACAUUUCUAGCAAGUCCUAGCUUCGCAGCUAUUUAGAAAACCUCUCAGAGCAGCUCUGAGUGAGGAAGGGAACCAAACGUUAACGUAUUGAGGAGGUGGGUUUAACCCUGUGGCUAUAUGACGCAUUAUUUGGCGCAAUUGGUUGAUCCAAAAGACACAAUGCACUUUGACAAUGAGCAUGUUGGACAGUGAAAUUGAUAAGUUUAAUAAUAUAAUUUGGUGUCUAUUGACAUUAUAUUCUGUUAUAGCUAAAUCUAUUUGAUUGUAACAGAAGCAUCCAUUUCUGUGUCAGCGGUUCAAUUUGUAUUAGUAACAGCGUUAUUGAACAUACGACUAUAAACCAGCAAAUAUCGGCCAAAGAUCUUAGUGUUCCGAUCCCUUUAAUUUCAUUUGUUUUACCUUAUUAACCUAAAACAAAUCUAUUGUGAUUCAUUAACUCACUUUCAGUCCGCAUUUGGAGGAUAUUUCUCAGAAUCUUUCAGAGUCUUUCCACCAUUUCCUCCUCAGCUUAAGAAAUCUUCAUAUAAACCGUACAAAGGUUUAUGAAUACGGCCCCAGGAUCCUGACACUGAAGCAGAUAAAUGGCUUUCUUUGUUAUUUUGUGUUCUUUGCUUUUCAUAUGGUAACCCUUUAAAAUGGGCUGUGAAUGAAGCCUCUUUGUAUUUAUCUCAAUGUGUAGGAAAUGUCUAUGAGGAAAGCAGUAAAGGUGUUCUUUAUAACUUUUUACUUCAAACUUCAAAGAAACCAGCGAGUUUAAAUCGCUUUUUCACAAACUUUUGUCUUAAACUAUGUUGAAUGCACUUAUUCUUGUUUUUUCAUAAAUAAAGUUUGAUAACAAAUUUCA